CGGGAGUUGGAGAACGAAUUCUCCAUACCAAAUUAAUUUUCGAAGCAUACUACCUUUUCGGUGGAGAAGAAACGCAGUUGGAGUCAUGGCUUCGGCUCAACAAGGUUUGGUUGCAGGUAGCAACGAGAUUGCUAAGGGCAAAGGCUGUAAGACAGACAAAACUCGGAGAAGCUGGUCGACAAAGGAAGAAGAGAUACUGUUGGCUUCACUAAAGGAGCUCGUCGUUCUUGGCUGGAAAGCAGAUAAUGGGUUCAAGGCAGGCUACUUACACAAGCUGGAGGAGGCGAUGAGGAAGGAGUUUCCUGAUACGGAUAUUAAAGGGAUGCCCCACAUCAAUUCGAAAUUAGGCGCUUGGAAAAGAAAUUACAAUUCUCUAUGUUUGAUUCUGGACAAGACUGGAGUGGGCUUCAACUCGAAAGGGACUUUCAUGAUUGAUUGCAACAACGAGCAAUGGGAGCAGAUUGUAGUUGUUGAUAAAAAUGCUGGCACGAUGUGUUUCAAGAGUUGGCCAAUGUUUGAGGGAUGGCAAGAAGUCUUUGGGAAAGAUAGGGCAAUGGCAAAGCUGCAGAAUACGUAAUGGAGGCACUGAAUGAGAUGUAUCAGGCAGAUAGCAUUGGUGGUUCUAACCAUGGAACGCAGCUGGAUGAAGAAGGGGAGAACAACUACGUAGGCGAUAGUAUUUGUCAAAGUGACGGGAGUGCAUCAACAACAAAAGUUUCAAAGAAGAAACGAAAGGCACGCGAUGAAAUGGAGCCAGUUUUAAUGAUGCUAGGUGAGAUCAACAAGAACACUGGGGCACGGAUAGACAACCUUGCAACUCGUGUUGGGUAUGAGUGGGAUUUGGGAAAGGCAAGGCAGACGGUGUACGAGCAGUUGGGCAAGAUUCCUGGACUUUCGAUGACGGACAAAUUCAAUAUAUGUGAAAUAUUGGCUGACAAAGUUCAACGCCUUGAGAUAUUUAUUGGUCUGCCGGAGGAGGCGAAGUCGGAGUAUGUCGCACACCUUCUUAAUACCAAGAAAGAAUAGCUAUGUGCUAAACUUAAUGGGGCACUUUUUGAUUGCUGCAAAUUAUGCUUUUGACCAUACUUGCUGCAGUAGAAUUAGAUGCAAGUAUAUGUGAAGCAUCAUUUCUUUUGUGAUUGCUGCAAAUUAUGCUUUUGACCAUACUUGGUGCAGUAGAAUUAGAUGCAAGUAUAUGUAAAGCAUCAUUUCUUUUGUAAUUAAACGCUA